AUGAACCCCUUCAAAUUCUGCAUUUCUAUUCUUGUCCUUCAAGCUCUCUUCAAUAUUUCCCCUGCAACCGGAGCAACUCCAGCAAGCUGCCCUGGGGUUUUCAGAGAAUACAUUGGAGCUGAGGGCAAGAAUGUCACAUUCUCUGAUGUCCCAAUUAAUCCAAAUAUUGAGUUUCACUUCCUCCUCUCCUUUGCUAUAGACUACACAAACACAACAUCACCAGAACCCACUAAUGGUGACUUCCUGGUCUAUUGGGACACUGAUAAUCUAACCCCUUCCCAGAUUUCUUCCAUCAAGGCCCAGUACAAAAAUGUUAAGGUAGGAUUGAGUCUCGGUGGUGAUACAGUGAAUGGUAAAAAUGCAACCUUUGCUCCUACUUCAAUUACUUCUUGGGUGAGAAAUGCAAUAUAUUCAAUCACCAAGAUAGUGAAACAAUAUAACCUGGAUGCAAUAGAUAUAGAUUAUGAACACUUCAAUGCAGAUCCAGAUACAUUCGCUGAGUGCAUCGGGCGACUGUUGUACUAUCUUAAACAAAACAAUGUCGUCUCUUACACAUCUAUAGCACCAUAUGCAGAUGAUUCAGUGCAGGUGCACUAUUUAGCUCUCUGGAGAAAGUAUGGUCAUCUAAUAGACUAUGUCAACUUCCAAUUUUAUGCCUAUGAAAAGGGCACAACCAUUACUCAAUUCCUGCAGUACUUUGAAACCCAGAGGUAUAACUAUAAAGGAGGCAAGAUUCUAGUGAGCUUUGGAACAGACAACAGUGGUGGCUUGUCUCCUAAACAUGGAUUCUAUGAUGCAUGCAGCAUACUGAGGAGUCGGGGAAAACUUCAUGGUAUCUUUAUUUGGUCGGCAGAUGACUCUAUGCAGGACUGUUUCCUAUACGAAAAGCUGUCACAGGACCUCUUAGCAAGUGCAAUUUGAAUAUCUUGCAAUUAUUCAAUAUAAUCUUUAGUAAGCCAUGACAAAAAUAGAAAAAUUGGAAUGCAAAGAAUGUUAUUGUUUAUUUUGAAGGCUUCUAUAGAAAACAAAACGUGUUUGAGGUAGUCCUUUAUUGUGGUCUUAACAUCAAAAUCCUGAAGCAAACUAUUUCAGAUUUACAAUUUCCAAAUGUGCUAAAGCUUACUCUUCACAUGAAAGUAUUGAAUAUAGUUUGUUUAGUGCAUUCCAUGAAAGAGCAGUUAUAGGAUAAGUACAUAGAAAUAUGAGAAUCAAAAUGGGAUGCAAAAUGUAAGGAAAUAACAGUCCACUUCCCUUCUAGCAAAGUAAACGAAAACCAUAAUUAGUUCAAAUUUCAAAGGUGAAAGAAGAAUGGAGGGAUGUAGGUGUCCUUACACUCGCACUAUUAGCUUCCAGAGAGUAGUAGAGGAGGACAGCAGAAAUGAAAGGAGAUUUUUUUUUUUAUUACUCUUUUUUGUGCAAAAAUUAAUAGCAGAUCAGCAUUCAUAGUUGCCCUGACAUCCAGUUAUCAUGCUUCUCACUUUCAAAUGUUAUGACUGUGGUGUCUAAAUUUUUUGAUAAGUGCUUGUGGUGCUUUUUAUCAAGUAACACAAACACAGUUGUUUCGCACAAACACACUCUCACUAUCCAAAAAAAAUCAGAAAGCUAACUAGUCAAUCAAACAUUGUUAGAUCCAUAUACUUCAAAUUGAAUCAUAACUCAUAAAGAAUUACUCGAACAGGUAUAUCAAUACAGCUUUAGCAAUAAUAUCCACAAGGGACAAUUUUCUGCAGGUAUUACAUAUAUAAAAAAAAAUAGUCUGUUCCUCACAAUUAGUAGCAAUACAAGAAAUAAUCUUCAUACAGUUGAACUAAUUCAAUUACUUUUCACCUUUAAUUCUCCUCUUUUUACUCUUGUUCUUAUUACUCUGCUCUUCUAAACCAGCAUUGUCUUUUUUUCUUUUCUUUUUUUUUUUUUUUUUUUUUUUUUUUUUUUUUU